AUGACAUCCAGUGUGAUCCCUGUCUCGGACGGAUCCUUAGAGAAGGCCCCCGGUCCGCUUCCGGCACCAAGCACCGCUACAGGACAAGCGGCAGGGGCGCAAGAGGGCAACCCUGAAGGAGGCACGGUGACCGAGGGUCCACCGGUUAGUCGAACAGGCCUCAUGGCGGCCGCUACAACUAUCGAGGUGCGGACGACGGUGCUUGAAGCAGACCAGAAGGGUCUCAAAGUGGCACAACCGACCAUGCAGACCGCGAACACCACGAGGCGCCAGCGUCCCAGGGCCUCUCUAGCUGUGUCCCCGGAGCUGGAAGAAUCCUUCUACAAGAGAAUGGCAGUCAUCAAGAACUACACCGACGACAAGAUCUGCGACACACACGACUGCUUCGUGCACGCGAGUCUCCUCAAGGCCAGCCUCAACCUGAGCGUCGACCCGUGCCACGACUUCUCGGCUUUCGUCUGCUCGAGCUGGGCCAUGAAGCAGACGCAGUUUCGCGAGAAAGUCACCACGGUCAUGGACAACCUGCGCUACUCCUGGUACCGGCACUUCGGCGGCACUUUGCGGCGUGGCUCGCUCAAACUCCCCGUAGGCAAAAAGCCGCUGGCGAUGUACGAAAUGUGUUUGGCCGGUUCAUCGUCGACCAACGGUGCUCCGUUGAUGUACAAAUUUGUGCGCAAUCAGCUCACCAAAUGGAACAUUUCGAAUGAAGACGUUUCGGCAGUAAGCUUGGCUGUACUGCUUGCCUACAAGUGGCAGGCACCCUUAUGGCUCGCCGUCACCAUACUUGAUGGCCAUCGAUCAUCGAGCGGGAGGCGGCGUGUUGCGGUCAGGCCCGGCGCCUACCUUCCCAUAAUCCUGACACAACACCGCGUCGUGGCAGGCGCUUACAUCCAGUACAUGAAGUCGUUCCUAGCGGCUUACCUUCCACAUGACGCUGCCUUGGCCUGGACUGAUGACGAAAUCAAUGCUAUUCGCGCAAUGGAGGGAGACGUGAUCGGCCAGUUGAGCUCGGUGCGCGACCAGAAGAAACCUGCUCUGCUCAGCUUCGGUGAAUUCGACGCGAUGAUGCCCAACGAAGGCGGCUUGUGGCGUAACUUUCAGAAAGCCCUUACGCUGCAGCCGCAGCUGACGCGACAAGACGAAGUCAUUCUAAGCGACCUUCGCUUUUUCGAGAUUCUAGCCAGACUCGUGGCCACGUAUGGGGACACGAAGUUGAAAUUUCUCCUCACGUGGCAGUUUAUGCAGCUGUACGCUCCGCUCGGCGACCUCAGCCUCUUGACGAUUCGCUACGGAAGCAAGUCGAGGGCGGAGACCUACCGUCCUGCGUUCUGUGCCCACCACGUGGAGGCCUCGUUCAAGGUCCUCGUGCUCUCUCUUGCUGUCGCUGCGAGCUUCACUGAUGAACAGUGCGAUCACAUCGAUGCGCUCUUCGACGGUCUCGUCUCCGCGGCUCUAAGGAAAGUGAACAGCUCCACCUGGCUGGCCGAAGAAAACAAAGUGCGCUUGGCCCACAAGCUGGCACUGGUUAACAAAUGGAUGUGGCCACCGCAGUCGCUUCUGGCUGAAGAUGCCUUGGAGAAGAUAUACGCAGACGUCUCCGAAAAUGAAACAUCGAUCGUUGAGUUUUGGAUUAAGACGCGCAGGAUCAUGGGCAAGGUGAACGAGACUACGGACUACAACGAUGCGUCACGCCUGCUCGGCAACAACUUCCCGUUGUACAUUGACUACGACUACGUUUUCAACAGCGUUAAUGUGGCCACUGGUGUCGCUGCCGCUCCGGCUUACUACAGGAACGGAACGGCCGCCAUGUUCUACGGCGGCCUCGGUUUCCUCAUGGCCAUGCAGCUGGUCAGGUCAAUCGACGAAGAAGGGCUCCAAUGGAAGGCCGCCGAAUCAAUUGUCGACUCCAUUUUGUCGCAUUCCAGUCGCCCCGCCUAUGAAGAAAAAGUCCGCUGCCUCAAUGAAUCCGGGUCAAGGAGCGUAUUUCCGGAAAUACCCGCACUCGAAAUCGCCAUGUCCGCCUUCGAAGAAACAACUCUUGGGGGCGAGGGAGAACAUCUUGCACUGAGCCCAGAUCUGCCAGAAGGGAAAGUUUUCUUCUUAACGAUCUGCUACAUGACGUGCGGAGCACCCGGCCACUCGAGCCCUAUGGCCGCCGACUGCAACAAGCUGGUAUGCGUACGAGGUGGUGUGCGAUGA